GAAAGUUGAGCCAAGAGUAAUAAGCGUUGCUGGUAAAGUGGUUGUAGAAGAACAAAGUGAUGAUAAUAGCAAUGAUGUAGUGGUGUUCAAUCAAGAAAAAGUAGCUAAGUCUUGUGUCAAAAAGGGUGAAUAUCGAGUAUUUAUUAAUAAUCAAAAAUUGGUAAAAAUAGGCCAUAUCCUAGAAAUAAAUAAUUUUGGUAAUUGCUACCAAAGUGGAUUUGAAGUCGAAAAGUAUGAAUCCAGGGCAGUUAUAAAUAAUCAAAGCCAGAAAGAUGAAAGAAUAGCAUUUAAAUGGGAUUUAAAGUCUGCUAGAAGUGAAAAAUUACCUGAAAGCUAUGAGUUACUCGAAGCUGCAUAUAUAACAUUAAAUGAUAGUGCAAAAGUUGAUGAAAAAUGUAGUUUGGAUAAUAACAACCUCCAAGAAAUUUGUAAUGCCGGGAUGGAUAAGGGACCAGGACAGACCGGACUGAUCCAACUCUUGUAG